CCAAUUAAUCAAAACUAUGACAAAAUUCGAGAAACGAACAAACCAUCGAUUGAGCGCUCAACGAUUAAACAUCGUUAUGUAUGCUGAAAAACACAGCAGUUUACUCAACAAAGUGCACCGCAACAGCGCGCGCAAAAUGACGCGUACUGUCCAAUUACAAGCAUGACGCGUGCACUGUCCGAUUAAUGCUCAAAUUGGGCUGCUGAUAGCCAAUCACGUUCGAGAAUUUUGUUAUAGUUUUGAUUAUGUACGAUAUUCUAAUGUGGAAAAAAGUAGAUAAAACCGAUAAAGUCCUAAGGUAGUCAAUAUAUAUUCCAAUUUUGUGGAAUUCAAAUAUUUAUUUAUCCACGGGUGUUCUGGCUGAAGGGACUUUUCUCUUUCAAAAACUGAAAUUACAAAUUAUGACAUUCUUAACAGAAACCGAGUUCUCCUGAUUUUGGCCCAAUCCGGCCACUGUCGUUGCCACUGACAGAAACUCGUUCAUUUUGUCAUUUCAGUUUAAUUGUUUUGCGGCUUAAAAAUAGCAGUCACUUUGAAUAAAAUAUAUCGUUACAUGGGUCUACCUAAAGCGUAAUUGAAAUUUAAAGUGACUACAAAAUUUGAAUAUGUAGUUUUUUAUUUGCUGUGAUUUUCUUUUUCCCACCUUACAGUCCUUACAGCAGCCAUUUUGAAGAAGCUUUUUAGGGCGGACAUUUUAACUUUAAUCUGAAUAAAUAGUGAAUUUACUGCUCUUCUCCGCAAAGGUCCAGACAGUUGACAAAAUUCCAUACAGAACAAGAAAAAUGAUGGCACUCGAAGAUAUUAGACUGGAAGCAAGCGGCGAGGAAAAACCACAGACAAAACAUGCAGACGAAGGUGGAAUCGUUGCUUCAUCAGAGCUUCUCGACGAGUUUGCUUCGUACACGACACUUCAUGGAUUCCAUUUUAUUCUCGGAUCCUGUUCGCUGAUACGACGAAUAGUGUGGGGUUUAUUACUGGUAACUGGGCUUGCAAUGUUGAUUAUGCAAUGUCUAUAUGGUUUCUCUAAGCUUGCGGACCACGAUUCCGUGACGGUGAAGGAACAACAACGUGACGAGAAAAUUACCUUUCCAGCGGUGACCAUCUGUAAUCUUAACAUGCUGCGUAAAGAUAAGAUACUGGGAACCGAAGCUCAAAAGUUCAUGGAUAAAAUGGAAUCUGUAGUGUUUGGCGAGAGGUUGAACGAUGAUGCGAACGAACCGUUUACGCUAGACCUUGAGCGCGUGGUGAAAGAGGCUGGCCAUAACAUAUCGGAAAUGUUAUCUUUGUGCCGUUGGCACGGACGCCUAUGCGGCCCAAAGGAUUUCUUCGUGUUUGUUUCUCUACUACGUGGUCUCUGCUACACGUUUAACUCUGGCAAGCCUGGUUACCCAUUACUUGAGCAGUCCUCUGCGGGAAGGAGCGAGGGACUUCUACUUCAACUCAACGCACAGCCCGAGCAGUAUUAUGGAGCGUUUAACGUGUUCGAAGGGACAGGGUUUCGCAUGGUUGUUCAUGAUCAAAGUGAAUGGCCUGACAUGGAGAAUCAUGGGAUAGAUGUGUCUCCGGGGUUUAGUAACACUGUUCGAAUACAACGUCAUAAGACUAUUCGUCUUGGACCUCCGUAUAAAUCAAAGUGUGGCGAAAGAAAGUUGGCGAGCUUCAAAACCUAUUCUCACAGCGCAUGCUUCUUAGAGUGCUGGACUAGAGCUAUAAUUGACAGGUGUCACUGUCUAACCUUGGGCAUGGCUCAGUUAGACGAAACUAAAAACCUGAGUUAUUGUGGACCCAAAGAACUCUUGAAUUGUGUCAUUCCUGUGAACGGCAAGUUAUUGGGAAGUUUGGAAUGUGACUGUCCGAUAAAAUGCGAGACUAUUCAUUACGAAGUCCAAUUAUCCAGCUCCAGUUAUCCUUCAAGACAUUUGCUGCCAAUGUUGGUCAGAAGAAUGAUCAAUGAAUCCGUAGUUCUCAAUGCCACUGACAAGACGUGGAGUGAGAUCGAAGCAAUGUUUAGGUACGUCGAGUUUGAUUCUUUUUGAAAAAUAAGUUAAGGCAAUGAAGAAUUGUCAUAAAACAAAUCUGAGGAUACGACGUAAGUGAAAUGUGAAAGCACGAGAUAUAAUUAUUGAGUGUUUCCAAGAGAUUAUCAAGGUAAGUACCUUGAUAAUCUCUUGGUAUUUCCUAUGUGGUCUAGGAAAACUGCAUAAUGCCCAAUUCUUUCUAUGAGAUGCGUCUGUAGGGAAUCAUGGUAGUUGUAUUCACCAUC